CAGAGCAAAGUUUAGGAAGUGUGAAUGAGGCCAGCUGAGACAGUUGUCUCUAAAGAGAAGACGAUAAGUGGGGCGGAGGUGGAUUUAUUUAUUCAGACUUAAACUUAUUAUUUCCUCUUUUGUGGAUUACUUGGAGCUAACUCACUGGGAUUUAAAGGAUACUGUGUUUUCACUGAAAGCUAUGGUGGCUUACGAUGAAGUGGGUAGCUUGGUGCCUAUCAAACGGACUCUGCAAGUGAUAGACUGUCAGAACCAAGCCAACAAGGAAUCAGAGGAACCCAGCAACAAGCGUGUCCGUCCACACGGCAGGGUGACGUCGCUAGCUAACCUCAUCUCUCCGGUUAAAAAUGGGGCCGUCCGGCGCUUCGGCCAGACCAUUCAGGCCUCUUUCCGGAGUGAUGGCAAGUCAUCGGGUGUGCCCCAGAAGCCUUGCAGCAAGGCAGCGGCCCCCACACCGCCGAAAAGACGGAACAGCACCUUGUGGUCGGAGACAUUUGACAUCAGCCAGAAGGGAACCAUUUCAACACAGGAGAUCAAGCGCCAGGAGGCCAUAUUUGAGCUGUCCCGUGGAGAACAGGACCUGAUUAAGGAUCUCCAGCUUGCACGCAAGGCGUACCAUGACCCUAUGCUAAAGCUCUCCAUUAUGUCUGAGGAGGAGCUUACGCACAUCUUCGGCAAUCUGGACGACUACAUCCCCCUGCAUGAAGACCUGCUGGCCCGGCUCUCAAAAGCCACAGGGUCGGAUGGGACUGUGGGUCAAAUAGGACAGAUUGUCAUCAGCUGGCUACCCAGGCUCAAUGCCUACAAGGAAUACUGCAGCAACCAGCUGGCAGCCAAGGCCUUGCUAGACCAGAAGAAGCAGGAUCGGCGGGUGCAGGACUUCCUGCAGCGCUGCCUUGAGUCACCGUUUAGUCGGAAGUUGGACUUGUGGAGCUUCCUGGACAUCCCACGCUCUCGUUUGGUCAAGUACCCUCUGCUACUCAAAGAGAUCCUCAGGCACACUCCACCAGGCGAUCCAGACAUCCGCAGCCUGGAGGAAGCAAUCACAAUCAUCCAAGGCGUUCUCUCCGACAUCAACAUGAAGAAGGGAGAGUCGGAGUGCCAGUACUACAUUGAGAAGCUAGAGUAUCUGGACGACAGGCAGAGAGACCCUCGCAUCGAACAGUGCAAGAGUCUUUUAUGCCAUGGGGAGCUGCGCAACAAGAGUGGCACGAAGUUGCAUGUGUUCCUGUUCACUGAGAUUCUGGUCCUGACCCGACCAGUCACCAGGAAUGAGCGACAGUGCUUCCAAGUUUAUCGGCAGCCAAUCCCGGUGCAGGAUCUGGUGUUGGAGGACCUGCAGGAUGGAGACGUCAGAAUGGGCGGCUCUUUCAGAGGAGCUUUCAGUAACUCAGAGAAAGCUAAGAACAUUUUCCGUGUCCGUUCACAAGACCUGAACCACUCACAGUCCCACACGCUGCAGGUCAACGACAUCUUCCACAAGCAGCAGUGGCUCAACUGCCUUCGUAGUGCCAUCUCUGUCCACAGGCCCCACGGCGAGUCCCCUACACAGAAUCCUCACAUGAGUGACGUACACACCAAGCGUCGCAUGUCCUCCGCCUCCGCUAUCAUCCACCUGGAGGAGCCGGAUGAGAACUGCCCACGGCAGACCUCUCAAUCCGCACCAAGCUCACCCUGCAGCAGCAUCACAUCCAGCUCUACUACAUCGUCACUUUCCUCUAACUCCUCCUCCUCCUCAGUGGCCUCAUCGCUGUCAUCACCGCUCUUCUCCUCAUCAUCACUCAAAAGCAAAAAGGACAAGAGGUCUCUGUGUUCCUUAGGGAAGAGAAAGGAAACGAUGGUGUGAAGUGAGCAGGAGAGAAUUGACUGACUGGACACUUUUUUGUACAUAAAACAGAACAAAGAGCGUAGGACUUUAUUUAUGUGUGUCUGCAUGUGUUUGUAUUAUUCCAACAGUGUUCUGUGUUUCUGUCCUCUUCGGCAGCUAUGUACAAGUGCAUCCCAUGUAUUUUGGAAAAAACACAUGAUUUGCUUUAAAAGGGAAGUAUGGUGAGAAAAAAAAGCCAGACUUCACACAUCAAUCUGCGGAUUCUGUGAAGAUCGAGGUUUUAAUCCGGUUCUGUUUACUAUUAAUUUUAUGUUUAAACUGUAUUUUAGACCUAUUUUGGGGCUAAUUAACAUUUUACAUUUUUUAUAUUCUAAAGCGUUUUGUAGUUUUUGUAGGUAUUGUAAAGCAGCACUGUUUCAGCUUUGUUUUAUCUUGUUAAGGAUGACGAUGCACCACACAAAGCUACAAAUGAAUCUGGGGACAGACUUUAUUUUGAUACAUUCCUGAAACGACAGAUUGUGAAUCCUGAACGCUGUUGUAUUUACUUGCAGAGGCAUUAAUUUAAACCCAGAACAGAUCUUAGUUUCUAACUACGAACCACAGCAAUAACAAUCAGAGAUAUAUUCAAAUCAAAUGAGAUAAAAUGAUGAGUUUUCUUUUAAAACUAAAUUUUGAACUGAGCCAUGUUGGUUUUUUAACUGACUUUUUAGAAUGAAACAAAUCAUUUUUCAGUGUAUAAUCUUGAAUGGAGCUUUAUUUGUGGACACUGCGUGCAGCAUCCUGCAUGUAUCUGUCCUUCGGGAGAACAAUGGAAUAAGGAAAAGAGUUGUUUUAAAAGUGAGUGGCAUUGUGAUGUAAACGAAGGCAUGAUGGGUAAAGUUUUGUUUGGGAACUGAAGCAGAUCAUCAGAGCAUGAUAUGGAACUUCAGCCAACCAGGUGAAGGUGAAAUAUUGCUUGAAGAUGAUAGAUGUUGGAAGAUAGAAGAAACUGUGAAUGAUGGAAAACGUACGUAGGGGAAAGUAAAGGAUAGAAGGUUUUUGUAUGUGUGAAAAAGGAUGUUUUGGUUGUCGAGAUGUAAACCAAAGAGGAAGAGGCAAAUGUUCUGCCUUGAGUUUUUAUGUAAUUAACAGAACAAUAAAGAUCUGUGUAAGAAAGUGAA